GAUUGGGACAAACGCAUGCAUUUUCGAGACCGUUCAAUGCGGCAGGAUGAGUUUAUUUUAUUUGUCAAUUUUCUCUUCUCUAGCUUAUUUUCACAUUGCCUUUGGAGCUAAACAGUUCUACGAUAUCCGUUUGGUUAAAAUCUUCGACUGCAGCUAUCCGACAGACAAUAUCAGCACCAGGAUUAGCGUUGAUGUUAAAUACAUCAACAAAACGUCGUUUGUCCUCAACGGCGAUUACAGUAUCGUUGAAAAACUGGACAACAAUGUCGUCUUGCACGUGUCGGCCGAUUUGAAGAGUAAAGGAGAAUACAAAGAAAAACUGUUUGACAAUGAACUCGGCCCUUUGUGCGACGGCAUGAAAAAGUUGUCACCCAGUUUUUUCGCACAAUUGCUCGGAAAUGGCGACACCGAGAAGAUGUGCCCAAUACACAAGGGCCAGUAUUCAGUUGACAGCGAGCCUAUGACUAUAGAACUUCCUAAUGUUAAGACCUUGCCAUUUGGUGCUUACAGGGUGAAGUUCGAAGGCCAUCGGGGCCCGUGCAAAGUCUUCUGCCUCGCUGUAUUUGCCGAUGUGACAAAGCCACGAUAACGGAAACGUGUAGUUUAUUUUUACGCCAAAAUAUA